UAGUAAUCUCUUUCUCCGCUCUCUGUUUCCCGUGUUUUCUCUCGCCCCGCCGCCGCCUCCUUCCUCGUCCACGCGCCGGCGGGCGUCUCCACCCGACGCCGCUGCUCUUUCUCUUUCUCCCUUCUCCUUUUCUUCCUCUCUGUCUUCCUCUCUUCCAGCAUUAGAUCUCUUCUGCAGCCCUAACUCCCAUUCUGCUUCUCUUCUCAGCAGCAAGCAGCUUUCUUACCCCUUCCCCUUCUUCUUCCAGCUGCAAGCAUCCCUUCUCCAUCUUCCUCCUUCCUGUUUUCCAGAAACGGGGCCAGCAUCAGAGCAUCUCCUUCACGGCAACAGGUCGGCAACAGGCGUGAGGAAAGUAUCAUUGGGUGCAUCAACCCUCAGGGCUUUGAGAACCUUUCUUCUUCCUUUGUCUACUAACAUGAAGCUGACAUGUUUAAGCAAAGGCAGUGGCUUCUACUAUCCCCCCAUGCACAUCCUUCAGCUUGCCGGCUUUCGCUUCCUCCUCGAGUGCCCCAUCGACCUUUCCGCCCUCAUUGUAUUUUCCCCGAUCGCCGCCUCUGACUCCUCCCCUGCUUUUGGUCUUUUGCAAGGCCUCCCAUGGUAUAAAACCGUGCCUAGCCUCCACCUUUGGGAUCCAUCUCUGAUUGAUGUUGUCUUAAUCUCUUCGCCCUUUGGCAUGCUCGGUCUGCCCUUCCUCACCUGCAAUGCCAAAUUCAAUGCUAAGAUUUUUGUGACAGAGGUGGCUGCAAGGAUUGGGCAGCUUCUGAUGGAAGAUCUUGUUUCAAUGCACGCUGAAUUUGUGCAAUGUUAUGGUGCAGACGUUAGGCCCCAUUUUCCAGAAUGGAUGAAAUGGGAGGAGCUCGGAAAGCUUUCACCAUUGCUGAAACAAGUCAUUCUAGGUGAAGGAGGAGAGGAACUAGGAGGUUGGAUGCCCUUGUACAGUGCAGCAGAUAUCAAGGAAUGCAUGCAGAAAAUUCAACCUCUCAAGUAUGGUGAAGAAACUUUCUUCAAUGGAUCCAUAAUGUUGAAAGCAUACAGCUCAGGUUUAGACAUUGGAAGCUGCAAUUGGACAAUACAUGAUCCAAGAUGGAGUAUUUCUUAUCUAUCAAGCUCCUUAUUCAUGUCAGCCUGUUGGAAGGGUUUUGAUUACAUGUCUCUGCUUGGGAAUGAUUUAGUGCUGUUCUCAGAUCUUUCAUCGCUAAGUAGCAUUGACAUUACUAGUACUGAAUCACAAGGAAUUAGAGACAUAAACAUGACAGGAGAUAGUGAUUUUUCUCCCUCUAAUGCUUCAACUUGCAGUGCUGAUACCAAGGAUAAAGGACACCGUCUUUUACUUGAAACUGAUGAGAGCUCUGAUGAAACUGAGAAGACCAAGUUUAUAUGCUCUUGCAUCAUAGAUUCUCUGCAAGGAGGAGGUUCAGUUUUGAUACCGAUGGGGCGUAUUGAGAUGGCAGUCUUACUGCUGGAGCAGAUAUGUGAGUCUCUAGAGUCCUUCAAUAUAAAGGUUCCAAUUUUCAUGAUUUCUUCUACAGCGGAAGAAAUGUUGGCAUAUCUGAAUAUAGUGCCAGAAUGCCUCUCUGAGCAUCGCCAACAGAAGUUAUUCUCAGGGGAGGCAUUGUUUCACCACAUCGAAUUUAAGAAAGCUAAGAGGCUGCUUGUUUUCCCCUCGCUUUACACUUCUGACUUCCUAGCUGCAUGGCAGGAGCCCUGUGUAGUUUUUUCAUCUCAUUGGAGUCUUCGGCUCGGUCCAGUUGUCACCCUGCUUCGACGUUGGCAUGCUGACCCAAAUUCUUUACUCAUUUUAGAGCGAGGAAUUGAUAUCGAACUGGCCCUCUUGCCUUAUACACCACUGGCAAUGAAAGUUCUCCAAUGCUCCAUCCUUUCUGGGAUCAUGAUGCACAAAGUACAGCCGCUUUUGAAAAUCCUCCAACCCAAACUUGUUCUGUUCCCUGAAGAUCUCCGAACGCAGUUGCAGGCGCAGGUGAAUGACUCGCCGCCAUCAUACUUGUACUACACGGAAAACGUUCCAUUGCGAGUUCCGAGUUCUUCAAAGAAUUACGACGCCGUGCUGGAAACUGAUCUUGUGGUUCAGCUUCGGCCCCGUAAACUGACACAGCAAAACCUGGCCAUUGCGAGACUUGGGGGAGGUAUUCGGUUGAGGGAAGGAAAAUAUUUCUUAUCCGCAUCGAAAGUUCAACUCGGGUCUUCAAAUGAGAAGUUGCUUCAUUGGGGUUCCGUCGAGCCGGCUCGUUUACUCAUCUCAUUGCAAGAGAGGGGACUAGUCGGGAAUAUGCAAUGGAACGAGGAGGCUGCGAGUGAAACCGUUUCGAUACGAAUAAGAGACCCUAACAAUGCCAUUAUCGAGACCAAUGCGAGUAGGACCAUAAUCGGUUGCGAAGAUGAAAACGUCGCCAACUUAAUUUAUGAAACUUUUAGCAGUGUGUGUGAUGGAAUUUAAGUAUUCUUGAGCAACUAGCUCGCUCGAUAAGAAUUUGUUUAUGUUCGGUAGUUUAAUUUUAAAAACAAAUAAAAUAUUUUGUUUUUGGUUAUUUUGAUUAAUUUAAGCAUUCCAUUAAAAGGGGCCCGAUCAACGUCAACAAGGCCAUUUCGAUCUUUCCUCUUUUU